GCACCCUGCACCCGCCCAAGGCGGAGGAGCCAAAGAAAGCAAGGUAGUGGAACGGUGAGUUUUGUUAAGUGAAGGGUUAGUUGGCAGGAUCAUUUUAUUAGUAUUUUUCCCCGUUUUGAAUCACAUAGUGUAAUGGAUUUAUACUAUCCAGUCUAGUUGGUGGCGGUAAUGUACCUUUCGGUUGCCAACCGCCAUUAAAAAAAAAAAAACACAGGAAAAAAAGAAAAGACGCCAAUGAUGUGUAUGUACACGUCUUUGGUUUCCCCACGGAAAAUAAUAGAGGGAGCACCAAAAUGGCGACUUCCUUACUUUGGCUAGGACGACUGGGGUCUCUCAAGGCUCUCCAGCGAGAGAGCUGGGUCCUUUUGAGGUGCCCCUCUGUGGCUGCAUUCUGCACCAAGGUGGAGGAGCCAAAGAAAGCUGUUAAAAAGGCGAAGGCUGCAAAGGUGGCAGCGGCACCUCCAGCGCCAGCCCCCGAGUCUUUCGACAACAGUACUUACAAGAACCUCCAGCACCACAACUACAACCAUUACACCUUCGCAGACCUGGACCUGGAGAUGGCCAAGUAUCGUCUGCCCCAGCCCUCCUCCGGCAGACCCUCCCCCAGACACUGAGAUGGCCCAGCCUGCCUGGACACCAGGCCACAUGACCCCAACCCCAUAUCCCCAGACACCAUGUCUCUGAUCCCACUGCCCAACAUACCUGCCCCGGGUGUCUUAAGAAUUAUUUCCCCCUCUACUUUACGAUCCCUAAGACGUGCUUGCAAUUGUUAUAGGAAAUGUAUGAUAUUAAACUAUACGAAAGGGA